GAUAAUUAUAGUGGCUGAGAUUUCUCCAUUUCCAUAGCUUCGGGUCUCUUUUUCUUGUUUCAUUGAUCAAAAGCAAAUCACUUCUUCUCCUUCUCGAUUUCUUACUGUUUUCUUCUCCGACGAAAUCUGAAUUUAAAAAUGGGAUCUUUAUCGAAUCCAAGCUGAUUUUUGUUUCUUUCAUUGAAUUAUCAUCUCUCUAAACUAAAGUGGAAUUUUGUAAAGAAGAAGAUCUGAAGUUGUGUGUAUAGCUUUUGAGGAGCUUAGUGAUGGAGACAAAUUCGUCUGGAGAAGAUCUGGUUAUUAAGACUCGGAAGCCAUAUACGAUAACGAAGCAACGUGAAAGGUGGACUGAGGAAGAACAUAAUAGAUUCAUUGAAGCUUUGAGGCUUUAUGGUAGAGCAUGGCAGAAGAUUGAAGAACAUGUAGCAACAAAAACUGCUGUUCAGAUAAGAAGUCACGCUCAGAAAUUUUUCUCCAAGGUAGAGAAAGAGGCUGAAUCUAAAGGUGUAGCUAUGGGUCAAGCGCUAGACAUAGCUAUUCCUCCUCCACGGCCUAAGCGUAAACCAAGCAAUCCUUAUCCUAGAAAGACGGGAAGUGGAAGUAUCCCGAUGUUAAAAGCGGGUGUGAAUGAUGGAAAAGAGUCCCUUGGAUCAGAAAAAGUGUCGCAUCCUGAGAUGGCUAAUGAAGAUCGACAACAAUCAAAGCCUGAAGAGAAUAAUAAUCUGCAGGAAGACAACUGUUCAGAUUGUUUCACUCAUCAGUACCUCUCUGCUGCAUCCUCCAUGAAUAAAAGUUCUAUAGAGACAUCAAACGCAAGCACUUUCCGGGAGUUCUUGCCUUCACGGGAAGAGGGAAGUCAGAAUAACAGGGUAAGAAAGGAGUCAAACUCAGAGAAUUACUGUGAUUUGAAUGCAAAAUCUCUGGAAACCGAUAAUGAGCAAGGACCUCAGACUUAUCCGAUGCGUAUCCCUGUGCUAAUGCCAUUGGGGAGCUCAAUAACAAGUUCUCUAUCACAUCCUCCUUCAGAGCCAGAUAGUCAUCCCCACAUUGUUGCAGGAGAUUAUCAGUCGCUUCCUAAUCAUAUAAUGUCAACCCUUUUACAAACACCGGCUCUCUAUACUGCCGCAACUUUCGCCUCAUCAUUUUGGCCUCCCGAUUCUAGUGGUAGCUCACCAGUUCAAGGGAACUCACCUCCGAAUCUGGCUGCCAUGGCUGCAGCCACUGUUGCAGCUGCAAGUGCUUGGUGGGCUGCCAAUGGAUUGUUACCUUUAUGUGCUCCUCUUAGUUCAGGUGGUUUCACUAGUCAUCCUCCAUCUACUUUUGGACCAUCCGGUGAUGUAGAGUACACAAAAACAAGCACUUUACAGCAUGUUUCUGCGCAGAGCCGAGAGCAAGAACACUCUGAGGCAUCAAAGGGUCGAUCUUCAUUGGUCUCAGAGGAGAUUGAAAAGAAGAGUAAACCAGAUUGUCAUGAGCAUCCUUCUGUAACACCUGAGAGUGAUGCAAAGGGUUCAGAUGGAGCAGGAGACAGAAAACAAGUUGACCGGUCUUCGUGUGGCUCAAACACUCCCUCGAGUAGUGAUGAUGUUGAGGCGGAUGCAUCAGAGAGGCAAGAGGAUGGCACCAAGGGUGAGGUGAAAGAAAUGAAUGAAGACACUAAUAAUCCUCAAACUUCAGAGUCCAAUGCACGCCGCAGUAGAAUCAGCUCCAAUAUAACCGAUCCUUGGAAGUCUGUGUCUGACGAGGGUCGAAUUGCCUUCCAAGCUCUCUUCUCCAGAGAGGUAUUACCGCAAAGCUUUACAUAUCGAGAAGAACACAGAGAGGAGGAACAGCAACAACAAGAAAGAUAUCCAAUGGCACUUGAUCUUAACUUCACAGCUCAGUUAACUCCAGUUGAUGAGCAAGAGGAGAAGAGAAACACAGGAUUUCUCGGAAUCGGAUUGGAUGCUUCAAAGCUGAUAAGUAGAGGAAGAACAGGUUUCAAACCAUACAAAAGAUGUUCCAUGGAAGCCAAAGAAAGUAGAAUCCUCAACACCAAUCCUAUCAUUCAUGUGGAACAGAAAGACCCCAAACGGAUGCGGUUGGAAACUCAAGCUUCGACAUGAAACUCUAUUUUCAUCUCUUCUGUUUGUACUCUGUUUUUAAAUUUUCAAGAUCACUGGUACAUUUUCUUUGUCUUUUGAGGCCUUUGUAUUUGUUUCCUUGUCCAUAGUCUUCCUGUAACAUUUGACUCUGUAUUAUCAACAAAGCAUAAACUGUUUAAUCUUUAUGUCCAA